GUCCAGUAAUAAAUGUAAAUUGUCAAUUCCCUGUGAAAUUAUUGGAAAGAUAAUUGGUAAAUUGACAAAACAGGAAUAUCCUCCUAACAAAGUUCUUAUACACCAAGGUGAAAUGUCGGACGAGAUCUUUCUGAUUGCUUCUGGGAGAUGUCGAUUAUCAAGAGAAAUAACCUUACCAGAUACACAGAAGACCGUGAAAUUUGUUGUUGGAAUUCUUGAUUCGGGUGAUUUUUUUGGAGAAGAGUGUAUACUUGAUAGAAAUGUUAGUUACUGCCAGGCUGUUACCACAACUCCUACCAUUUGCUAUAAAUUACAUAGAUCUGCACUAGAAAUUGUUCAGAAAGAAUGUCUCAGGAAUCUCAUCAGCCAGUCUAGAAACGAGUACCCGGAUGAUGGUGAACUCUUUGAGAAAGGUCACAAUUCUUGUGUAUGGAAUUCCUACAAACACCGUCAGAUAAAAACAUCAUUAGAAGAACAGGGGAAGCUGCAAUAUCUAUUUGUUUCAAACUCUAAACGUGUUAGAUAUAAAUCAUUAUCAUCAGAUAAUUUAUACAGAGAAAAUAUGUAUCGCUUUAUGGAAAAUGGCGGGAGAUAUAAGCCAAUCUGUAGAAGAGCUCAAUCUGCUAUUACAAUAAACACAUCUAAACAACACGAGCUACCACCACGUGCCACAACAGUUCUUGGCACAGUGACGUCAGACGUCGGCGAAAACAGCUUCCUUGACGAAGCAAAUGAUGGCUUGGAUGUGAAAGCAUCUGCUGAGAAAAGAGAUGAAACGUUAAACGUGAAGUUUCCAACGGAAGUUUCCACUUUAUUAGAAAGACAGGUUCCAAAAGAACGAUUAAGGAAAAUCAUUAAAAAGGGAAAUACGGAACCUGAUAGUAAAGAGUUAGUAAAACUUCUGGCAGAAAAUGUGGAUUUGGGUCGACAAUUAAAGAUGGCAUGGGAAGAUCACGAGAAGGAAAAUACCGGAUUUACUAAGACAGGCGUAUUGGCUACCAUGACAACAGAAGAUAUUGUACGUAAAGCCAAGGCAUUAGCUGAGAAACAGUCCACAAACAUCCACAGUAACGAAGCCAGUGAUGAUGACGAUGAUAGAUGGAACACAGUACUUCAUGAGGAGAACAGAAAUGCUAAGAUACAUAUCGCUGCAAACAAAUAUCGUGUAGCGGUGCUGAAGAGAAAAAUGAACAUUUUAGCCCGGCGAAAACAAAAAGAGUCUUCGGAGAACAUCAAUAGUAAAACAUCCCAGGAACAUUCAAAAGAAUCGCCUCUCAUACAGUUCGCAUUAACAAGAACUGCACCGAGCUCCGUAGAAAAUGACCAAAUGUCUGAGAGUUCAUUACAGCGCGACGAAAUGCCACACAUAACAAAUACAUACGAAAAAAAGACUGAUGAAAGAUUAAGCUCAAUAAAAGAACCGAGUGUCUUUAAUUCUAGACCAACGACUUCCAGCUAUGAAACAAGACGACCUCGAAGAGUGUCUUUUGGUAGUGAUAUAAAGAAGGAUCCGCCUCCACCAAGUGCUGUCACCGUGCAUGAAAAUUUAAGAAAAAUUCCUUGCAGUAGAAUAAAUAUAACUGGCGGGAAAAAUAAGAAUCCUCAGGAAAUGCCUUUUGUAAGAACAGAAAUUAACAAAGAUGAUCUGCCAACAUCUUCCGCCAUUACGUCUACUGAUUAUAGACGACGACAUCAUUCAUUCUCUUCAUCUCUAACACAGGAAAAACCUGAAAGACCCAAAACAAGUACAGGUGUACGGUAUAGGAGUAUCAGUUCGUUAAUGAAUCGUAAAUAUCAUAUAGAACCUUCAACGGUUAAACAUAUAUCAAAAUCAUAGCAUAUUCACAUGUAUUAUAUAAAAAUUUGCUAUAUAUACUAUUCAAAAAAAGUAGGGGAUAUUUGAUUUUUAAGUGUUAUUAAAGUCACCUAAUGAAACUGACGAAGAAACAAAUGACAAAAUGAAAUGAAGUUCACAUUCAUCGAUUUAUUCCAAAUGAUCGUUAGACUAAGUAAGGCACAGACUGACCAUUAUAAGGGUAAAAUGAUACCCGGGGUCAAACAGCAAAGUUACCACAGCAUC